AUGCCCGGGUCGCCUGUGGAUGCUAAGACUCAUUCCAGAUCAGCCCCCAGCAGCAGUGCCAGCUCCACAAUGCCACCCCUGCCUUCUGUCAACCCCAGUGGCCCUCGUCCGGCCUCAUUUUCCACCACAGCGUUGACCAACGGGAAUCAUCAUUCCCCACCAACGCUGAACGCGGUGCCCUCUCCACCACAGCGUUACAGCAACGGACCGUCCUCCUCCUCAUCUUCGUCACUAGCCAAUCAACAGCUACCUGCCACCUGUGGGGCUCGCCAGCUGAGCAAGCUGAAACGCUUCCUGACCACGCUGCAGCAAUUUGGCAACGACAUUUCUCCCGAGAUAGGAGACAGCGUCAGAAGCCUAGUUCUGGCCCUUGUGAACUCAACUGUUACCAUUGAGGAGUUUCAUUCGCGGCUUCAGGAGGCCACCAACUUCCCCUUGCGGCCCUUUGUUAUUCCUUUUCUCAAGGCAAACCUUCCCCUUCUGCAGAGGGAGCUGCUCCACUGUGCACGAGCAGCCAAGCAGACCCCGGCUCAGUACUUGUCCCAGCAUGAGCACCUCCUGCUGAGCACCACGAUGACUUCCUCUCCAGACUCCUCUGAGCUGCUGAUGGAACCGCCGGAGGCAGGGACCAAACGACACAGCCCCAGCAGAGUUAAGGAGAAUGGCUUCCAUGAACGGCCACCGGUAGCGAUGGAGCCUGCCGCUAAACGGAUCUGCACCAUCAGCCCCGCUCCACGACACAGCCCUGCCCAUCCGCUGCCACUCACCGCUCAGCUCCACCCGACUCCCCCGCCCUUGCAGCACUACGCCCUGGAUGACAUAGCAGCUCCACACCUCUUGCACCGAGAGCACAGCCAACGUGUGCUGGAGAUCCGUGAACUCAAGGACAGGCCCAGACUCCCUGGCACUAACGGGGGCUACCGUGAGGAGCCGGUGGACCACAGACUGACAGACAGAGAGUGGGCUGAUGAAUGGAGGCAUCUGGAUCAUGUGCUGAACUGUAUCGUGGACAUGGUGGAAAAAACCCGGCGGUCGGUCAGCGUGCUCAGACGCUGCCAGGAGUCAGAUCGAGAGGAACUGAACUACUGGAGACGACGUUCGAGCGAGCAGGAAGACCCUCGCAAAGUAGGAUCGGGCUCUGCUCUGUUUUCCAAAACGCACAGCCCCCUCUCUGCAGAGACGGACUCCCAGCGGGACUUUGGUCCGCGGCCCGGUUCAGCAUACGUUACCGACGAGAUCUGGAGGAAAGCUGAAGAGGCAGUGAACGAAGUUAAACGUCAGGCCAUGGACGAGGUUCAGAAAGCGGUGGCGGAGGCUGAGCAGAAAGCUUUUGAGAUGAUCGCCACAGAGAGGGCGAAAAUGGAGAAGACCCUGGCCGAGGCGAAGAGGAAGGCUCAAGAGGAUGCCAUCAUGGUCAUCAAUGAGCAGGAAGAUUCGAGUGAGUGUUGCUGGAAUUGUGGCCGUAAAGCCAGCGAGACGUGCAGCGGCUGCAACGCCGCUCGUUACUGCGGGUCCUUCUGCCAACACAAAGACUGGGAAAGGCAUCAUCUGAUCUGCAGCCCGGGACUCCAAGCUCAGCCCAAACCGGUCUGUGCCAUCACCGCGAACAGGGUAGUCGCUGCGACCACAGCGGCAGCAGCUGGGAUGUCUCCUGUCGGUGUAGCUGGGCUCAAAGCUCCUGACAGCGUGCCUUCGGCCUCCAGUCCAGGUGGAGAGAAGGCCUCGGUUGCUUCUCGCUCCUCCACACCCUCCACCCCUGCCUCAGCCCCCGAGACUAACGGACAUUAAGGAUGCAGAUGACUUCAGAGCUUAACACAAUUGUCCUUCUUUGUUGUUGGGGAAGAGUUGAAUCAGCAGCAUGUGGAAACUAUUUGUGGGUUAAGUUAGGAUAACAAAUUUUUUUUUCAUCGUACGUUGGCAGAUAAAUAAAGACAUAUUAUGGACGACCGUUGUGAGUGAUGUGUCAACUGGGACUUUGGCUUUUGGCGAAGAACAAAGAGACUUGUUUAGUAUACAUCCAUUGGAUGAACAGAUCUCCAUAACAGAUGGAAACGUCUUUCUGGUCCAAAACCCCAAAUCCAAGAUCUGUGCUGGGAAAAGAAAAAAAAACAACAGAUGAUUGAUCACAAGAGAGAAAGUUUUUAAAGGAAGGCGUACAGCUCUCCCACCCUCUAAACAAUGUCACUGUUAUUUCUGUGUAUAAAAUUAAGAUGGAGGAGGAAGUGUUGGUAAAUGUAAACGGUGUGGUAGUACCAGCCCCGAAGCUUUUGUCUUUGUUGUUUAGGAACGAAAAUCUGACAGCAGGCCACAUGAGUGCGAUCACUCCUCUCUAUACAGAAAUAUUUGCUCAUCAACUUGUUGGGUUUCUUUCAUACGUGUGAAUGAGUCAAAUGUGGUGUCGUCGGUGAAUAUUGUAAAGCAUACGAUUGUUUUUGUCAAGGCAAUAUUAAAACGAAGUGUUCAGGUAUUUCAAGCUGUUUCUUCAUCACCAAAGUUUUCUGUUGCUAAAAGUAAUUUCCACGGCCAUUUAGGAACAUAAAAUCAUCUUAGAGUUUAACCGGGAACUCUCCUCACUCCGUGUCAUUCCUGAUCAUCAGAAAACAUUCAGUCAUGACGUCCAUUCUCGUUAGUUUGACUUGGGUACAUUUUCACAGGGGUAACGUGCUAGUCCAAAAUCUUUCGCCCCUGCAACCGAAGAUUAAAACCAUCGUUUGCUGUUUUUAGUUUUAGAUCUGAAUUAACCACAGACAGAAAAGUGUCACUUAUCCCUGUAUCGCAGUGGCAACUCUCUCGCAGAAAACCUCAGGAGCCAAACUGCGUUUGUGUGCAAAAAAUCAUUCUUCUUUUCUCGCUUAAGUUUAGUGAUGAACUUUGAUUUAUCCUACUCUGCUGUUACAUCUGAGAUAUUCUUGUUUUUGUUUGUUGUAAGAUGACUUUGUAAAGAAGAUUAUGAGAUAAACCCUUUAUUUUGAGCCACAGUGUCCCCCCUUCUUCAUUCUAUAAACAUGUUCUCUUGUUAUGAUGCAUAACUUUAAAUGAAAAACUUAUCUUGACAUGAAGUAUGGAAUAAAGAAGUAGAGCUACUUCCAAAUUGCU